CGCUCGCCUUCCAAACGAAGUCACGUGAUUGCUAAUGUUUUUCUUUCAACCCCAGAUAACCUAACUACUAACCUCCAUUGCAACAUGGCUGCAGUUCGAGCAGAGGUCGUUACCAAAGAAGUCUUCGAUCUGUAUAGAAAAUACGGAGAUCAAGAUUACAUCGGUGAACCAGUAUCUCAAAAAGAACAUAUGAUUCAGUGUGCCAUGCUUGCCGAAAAGGAAGGGUAUUCGGACGAGGUAGUGUUAGGGGUUUUCCUUCACGAUAUUGGUCAUCUGAUCGGCUUCCACAAAGCUCUUCCUUGCAUGGGAGACGUUGGAACUCAAGCUCACGAAAUCGUCGGGGAACAGUUUCUGAAAGAUCUCGGAUUCCCAGACAGUGUGACAAGUUUUGUUCGGGGUCAUGUUGACGCCAAAAGAUAUCUCGUCUACAAAUACCCACAUUAUCACUCAGAGCUGUCCGAGGCAAGUAAACUCACGCUGAUCUAUCAAGGAGGACCAAUGAAAGCAAACGAAGCUCAGAAGUUUGAGGAGCUGAAACAUUUUGAGGCUUUGAUCAAGAUGAGAAAUUGGGACGAUCUUGGCAAAGUAAAAGGCGCACCCAUUGACUCACUUGAUAAAUAUGAGAAGAUGUGUAAAAAGCUCUUGGGAACAGUUUUCAUUGAAUAAUCGAUAAUAAAUCAUUACUUAAUUUCGAGGAGGUACGUACCAUUUCCCCGAAACUUUGUCUAAUACUGAUCUUUAUAUACGUGACAACAAAGUCGAUACAAUCGGGAAGGAGCGUUUCUAUGGUUUUUACACGAAAAUUAUUGAAACAAAUCCCUCGCGAAAAAGAUUUUCCAUUGGGUUGAAAAUGUUAUAAAACGAUUGGUUCAUAAGUCAGCUGUGCGUUCAUCGAG